CUAUAUUGGUAGGUGUGAAACCGAACUAGCUUUUCAGCAUGGAAGCGCGAGCUCUAGGAGUCUUUGCUAUGCGUAUGAAGUGGGCUCCUAUACAUCAGCUAUGUAAUAGAUGUUACCGGAGCCUAAAUAAGGCAGGCGUGUUGAGGGGAGCGUUACAAACUACCAUGGCUAGCAGAAGGACAUGUUCUUCAGACAAUAGCCUCAAACCAGCAGAUCCAUCAUUGAAUGGGUCAAGACUGACGGGUCGUAGUCUGAUGUUGGUAAAAGGUCGCGAUGCUCAGGACCUACUUCAGGGUUAAUGACCAAUGACGUGCAGCAGCUGAAUGGGGGCGAAGGUCAAGAGGUCAUCUAUUCCAUGUUUCUAAAUAAACAAGGGCGAGUCCUGUAUGAUGUUAUGUGUUACCAGUGGAGUAAAGAUCCAGAGGGAGACACACAGUCAUACCUUCUAGAGUGUGAUAGCGCCAUCUCGCAGGAAUUACAUAAACAUCUCAAACUCUACAGAAUCAGGAAGAAGGUGGAUAUCACAUCACUGGAUUCUGAGUACCAUGUAUGGUCCAUCUUUAGUCCUGGCCCCACUCCUCCCCCUAGCCCAGGAUCUAAAUCCGGCCCAUCUCAUUUCUUCACUGACCCUAGGGUCAAAGGUCUAGGUCAGAGGGUCAUCGUCCCACAAGGCAGUCAAGUACCUGGUAUUGAAGAAGUUAAUGAAGAAGAUUACAUGAUGCAUCGUUAUCAGUGGGGCGUGGCCGAAGGGGUCAACGAACUUCCUACAGGAGAUUGUCUCCCUCUAGAGUCCAAUCUAGCUCUCAUGAAUGGAGUGAGUUUUACCAAGGGCUGUUACUUGGGCCAAGAACUCACCGCCAGGACGCAUCAUACCGGAGUCAUCAGAAAAAGAGUCAUGCCGAUCCAGCUCGCAGGGAAUGCAAUACCUACUAUCCCAGCUGGUACAAGCAUCAAGACUGCUGAGGGAAAGAAUGUGGGGAAAUUCAGAUGUCACCUACAUCAUAAUGGACUUGCCCUCCUCAGGACAGCUCUCAUAGGUAACAAGCUCAAGGUCACCACUGAAGAUGGAGCAGAGGCUGAUCUAGAGGCAAGGAGACCAUCAUGGUGGCCGCAGGAAACUCACAAGUGAAAGGAUCAUUAAGAUGCAAGAGAUUGGGACUAAAAUUGACCUGGAAUCUGCAGGAAAAUAAUAAUAAUAAUAUUCAGCUGUUAUAUAGCGCUUAAUACAUCUCGGAUGUCUCUAAGCGCUUUACAGAUAUACUAUUACCCGG